AAAAACCGGCGCGGCUAAUUCAAGAUGGCGGAGCUCGAGCAGCUGUUAGACGAGAGCUCUUCAGCUAAAGCACUUGUUAGCUUAAGAGAAGGAAGCUUGUCUAAUACUCUAAAUGAGAAGAAUAAUUUACCGAAAUCUCAGAACACAAGGGGACGGAGCAGUUACGUUUCUAUGGAAACGCCAACGCGGAGCUCUAAGAGGAGUCGACUGUCAUGUGAGGAUGAGGAGCGGCCGAUUGCCUCCAGAUCUCCCAGGAGGAGCCAGAGGGUUACCACUGUGCCUCAGAAACUUACAAACGUCACAACCCCAGAUAAAAGGGUUUCACAAAAAAUUGGGCUGAGACUAAGAAACCUACUCAAACUACCCAAAGCACACAAAUGGUGCAUCUAUGAGUGGUUCUAUUCAAAUAUCGACAGGCCUUUAUUUGAAGGGGACAAUGACUUCUGCCUCUGUUUGAAAGAGUCUUUUCCCAAUCUAAAGACCAGAAAGUUGACCCGAGUUGAAUGGGGAACAAUCAGAAGGCUUAUGGGCAAACCUCGAAGAUGCUCCUCAGCAUUCUUUGCUGAAGAGCGAAUGGCUCUGAAACAGAAGAGGCAGAAGAUGCGUCUCCUGCAGCAGAGGAAAAUCACAGAUAUGUCUCUAUGCAAAGACCUGCCAGAUGAGAUUCCAUUGCCCUUGGUCAUUGGCACAAAAGUUACAGCUCGUCUUAGGGGUGUCCAUGAUGGCUUGUUUACUGGUCAGAUUGACGCAGUGGAUACCAGUGCAGCUACAUAUCGCGUGACCUUUGACAGAAAUGGACUUGGCACGCACACUGUUCCUGACUACGAAGUGCUUAGUAAUGAACCUCAUGAGACGAUGCCCAUAUCUGCUUUUGCUCAGAAACAGCGGCCACCACGUUUCCAAAACUUCCUGACCCCUCCUCGGGGGUCAUACACAGGCUCAACACAGUCCAUCUUAAUGGAUAAUGACCCUCUGUUCAGUCAGUCCCCCUGGAGAAGUAAACUGACAGGAACUGAUGGAGAGACUCUGGGUGGAUUUCCUGUCAAGUUUCUUGUGCAAGUGACUCGCCUGUCCAAAAUCCUCAUGAUUAAAAAAGAACACAUAAAGCAUUUAAAGGAGAUGAAUACAGAAGCUGAGAAACUGAAGUCGUACUCCAUGCCGAUCGGGCUGGAUUUGCAGAAGAGAUACGCCACAACAGUACUGGACCUGGAACAGCUCAAUAAAGACCUCAACAAAGUCCUUCAUGAAGUACAACAGUUUUGCUUUGAGCUGGCCCCAGAUCAGGGCAUGCAGCCUGCAGAUCAGCCCAGUGAACUGCGGAGACGCUGUGAAGAGGAGUCUCAGGAUGUCCUGCGUCAGAAUAACACAUUAGCGAGUGGAGAGCCGCGCGUCCAGAACACUGAACUCACUCAACUCAUCUCUCGCCUCACAGCGCUGCUCCUGCAGAUCAGGUGUUUGGCUGAAGGAGGAGACCUGAAUUCAUUUGAAUUCAAAUCACUCACAGAUUCUCUGAAUGACAUUAAAAGUUCAAUAGAUGACUCCAACCUCAGUUGUUUUCAGGAUAACGUGGAGAUCCAUGUAGCACACAUACAGAGUGGCCUGAGCCAGCUGGGAAACCUCCACGCUUUCUCUGCCAACAACACCAACAGAACGUGACUGAAAUAAGCUUGCACAUCUCCCAGAAAUGCAGACAGCAACUCGCCUCUUCAGUUCCCCACCUGUUCUUUUGUGUUCAUCCUGUUUGACGUUACGAAAGGUCAGAAUGUGAAUUCAAUAUCUGUACAUGCACAAAGUGUUCAAAUCCCAUACGCAGACACCAAAGUGUCUUGGAUGAAAAUGUUCAACUAGCUAGCAGAAAAAGAAAGUUGAGUGUGAAGUUUUUUGUAACAGUUUGACAUCAAUUCAGAUGUUGCUCACACUCAAAUCGCUCAAGUUUCCCCUUUAUUAUUAUUAUUAUCGCUGGUUUCCAAAUGGGGUGUUUGCUGAAUGACACUUCUUAUCGGUGUAGUUCGUUUGAGGGAAAACGUUUUGCGUCAUUUUAUUACUCGUUUUAAAGCGUUCGACUUUGAGUGUCCUGAGAAAAGAGGUCCGUUUCUGUCUGUUUUAAACUGUUCUGUUUUAAAUAUGUACAUUGUAGAUAUCUGUACAGUUCACUCAAAAUAUAUCAAUAAAUCAAUCCUAUAUAGUGUAACAUGGACAUUUUUUGACAUGCCAGAUUUUGGUAUUUUUGCAAAGCAACUGAUUUACAAGACAGCUGCAUAAUCCCAAACAGUCUGUCUUGUCAAUAGAAGACAAUAAAUCAACCCCACUGGUGUGUUUUUAAAAUGCGUUCGUUUUAUCGGGAGUUUUUUAACCUGUAAGUGCAUGCACGACACACAACGUUUGUAAAUAAAUGUAUUAUCUUCAG